UACUUGGAGUGACUAGAAGUACCAUGCUAAGGCCUGGUAUUUACAUACAGAAGAAUGAGAUUGGGAGCCUGCAUGUGGGGAUAAAGCUUUCAGUGUUCCAACAUAAAAGAGUUCUCUGUGAGGAAAAGAAGAGUAGGAAGAACAUUUUAGUCCUCUCUGCUCUGCUGAUUUUCUGUCUCUGCAGUCUGAGCUGGUAAGUUUUUUUCUGUUUCUCUGCCAAGCCAUUGCCUUGUUCUGCAGAGCUCUGUGUCUAUUUGUGAUUUACAGUGCUAGGCAAUUCCCUCCAAAAUCAGUCAUAAGAUUCUUUGAAAUUUCUCAAUGGCCAACUUAAUCUACAAAUGUAUUUUCUUUUCUCAUCCCUUGCUUCUUCCUGUUGAGGCUUCAGAAACCUGAAGAGCCUUAGCCUCAUGAACCAUCAUGACUUUAUUUAAGCCAAGUAUAUGCAAGAUACCUUUUCCUCGCCCCUGGGUAGCUCAGGCCAACCUGUUUACUAUGUCUUUAUGAUCAUACAUAAAGAUUCUUAUGAUGGAUUGUGUAGAAUGUAGGUAAAGUUGGGCACUGACAUCUCUCCUUAAAAAUUAAUUAUUAGUUGCUGUUAAGAUAAGCUUCAUGAGAAUGGUAUAAAAUUAAAGGCUAUAACCCUUUCAGGUAUCUGAAUUCUAAAUUUUCAUAAAAUAUUGCUUGAGGUUCCUCUGCCAGUUUGUCAAACAGCAGACUGUCUGGUCAUCCUUAUUUGGUUGCUAUUUCUGUACUUUGCUCAGCUUUCUUCUACAGAUCUACCUACAGGUUAAUUACUCUGAUAUCCAAAAAGAAAAAUGAUACUGUACAGAGAGGGAGACUGUUUUUGCUGCUAUGAUGACUAUUCCUUUCUAUUUAUAGUCCAGGCUAGGCCAAAUUCUUUCAAUAAACAGAUGUGCUCGUUGCUGAGAUCUUGUCCUAGCAGUACCUUUUAAAAAUUGCGAUUGAGACCAGUUUUGAAUUUGAGGUGGGUGAGUUAGGCCACUGUCUGGGAAACCUGGGCUUCCUUCUCAUUUAGAAAAAUGUCAAAAGAAACUUUUGUAUUCACCUCUUCGACUCUACGCUCCUUGCGUCUGCAACAGGAAAUGUUGGACUGGGAAGAACGGAAAAGGGCCGCAUCUCGCCAGUAUGCCAGUUGGAGGUACCAGCCAAAUGUCAGGAGGAACCUUUCUCUCCCAAAGUCAACCCGGUACCCCAAGUACUGUCGGGAUCCUGCUGUUCACAAUGCCUUAUAUACAGGAGACUUGCCAAGAAUUCAAAGCAUCUUUAAUGAUGAAAUUACUGCCAAUUUGAUUGUAGAGACUGUCAGUGAGGAGCUGGUGUGGUCCACUGAACUGGGCCUGUGGGUGUUGACUCCCCAGAAGAAGCAUACCUCCCCACUGCGCAUCACAGUUGCCAGAGGCUACCGGGACUGUGUGAAGCAUCUACUCCUGCAAGGGGCUGAGGUUGAUGCUGUCAUUGGUGGGAAAGCUGCCCUUCACGACAGCUCUGCAAAUCACCGUGCCGAGUGCACCCGUCUACUCCUCAGACACAACGCAAACCCUAACAUUUUUUCUGAUGACGGGCUGACCCCACUGCACUUAUGUACUACCCAGGAAACUUUACCAUGUGCCCAGCUGCUACUGGAAUAUGGAGCUCUAGUCAACCAGAACACAAGAGACCGUCGCAUUUCCCCACUGCAUGUGGCUGCUAAGCAUGGCCUGGAUGACCAUCUGAAGCUGUACCUUUGCUAUGGAGCCAACAUCGCCCACAGAAACCGAGAGGGGGAGACAGCUCUCAACACGGCUUGUGCCAGUACGGACAGGCCUGAGGAUGCUGGCCGCUACUACCAGGUAGUGAAGCGGCUGUUGGAGGGUGGAGCUGAUGUCCACAUAGCUGGCCGGAAGAACCACACGCCUUUGCAUAAUGCCUGCAGCAACUGCCACAUCCGUAUUGUGGAGCUACUGCUGCAGCAUGGGGCAGACGUCAAUGUUAGUAACUGUGCUGGCUACACUCCUAUGGAUUGUGCUCUGCAAGCAGUGGAAGAUUACCUGGAUGGGGAGCCUGAGCGGGUUAUAGCCACUCUGCUCAACCAUGGUGCUGGACCUGUCAACCCCAAGAUGCUAAAGUUUUGUGCCUUGUCACCCCGGGCUAUGGAAGUUGUUCUGAACUCAUAUGACCGUGUCCUGUCCUGUGACUCGUGGGUGGGAUCUGUGCCUCCUGAAGUGUGGCAAGAGCACCAAACAUUCUAUGAUUCAGCCCUUUCUCUGGUGAAUCAGCCCCGCCCAUUGCAACAUCUGGCUCGCUGUGCUGUCCGAAAACAGCUAGGCGUGCAAUGCCAUUCGGGUAUUGCCCAACUGAAACUCCCAUCUUCUCUACAAGACUACUUGUAUCUCCCACUGGAAGGCUAUCUGAAAUGAGAGGAGUGUGUGCCUGAGUGUCUAAAGAAAAGAGUGGUCAAACAUUCAGAAUACUAUAUAUCCAUUUUUACUGGCAUCCUUCUGAUAAAGGCCUCUUAUGAAACUUUUUUUCAACUAAGAUUGUGGUAAAGUAAAAGAUAUUUAAUUGAGAAACACUGUACUGGUUUGCCAUAAUUUCUCUUACCUUGAAUUUAAUUGGUCUGGUAUAACUCCAGAACUUGAGCCUCAGUUUCUGGAAGUUUGAACUGAAAUUAAAAUUAGUUUUAAGCAUAAGAUGUAUAUUUUAAUUUUAAUUUAACUUAGGAUGGAACCACAGUGUAUCCUUAAGCCUCCACUCCAUAGUCCCAUCCUAUGAUACAUGCUGUGAACUGAACUAAAUUACUAUUAACUGGAAUUCCUUUACUUAGUUGGUGUCUUUUUUAAAAUCAUAUUAUGAAUCAAACUCCUUUACUGUAGUGUUUCACCACAUCUUCUGCCUAUAAUACUAUAUCAAAGAGAUACUGCUAAUAACUUACUGUUUUCAACCUGCUUUUUUAAAAAUGUAAGAUCCUUACUUAAACAAAAUAGGUGAAGAAUGCCCAUCAGGAGAGGGCAUUUGUGUGCCAAACCUCAUGCAUUUCCUAAAGGCCACCUUGAGCAUCAUUAGGAGAAAGAAUAGAAAAGGUAUAGCUGGAAGAUUCAGAAGAGAAAGGCUGACAGAAGGGUUCAUUUUUAUUUUUGGAUAAGAGUAAACUAAAAAGCUGGGUUUGAAAAAUGAGCUAAAAAAUCAACAAAUAGAGAUUGAUAGGUUUUAGAAGGAUCUGAGGUAACAGGAAAACACCAGGAGGGAAAGACCUGAGGCACCCAAAAGAGUGGCCAGAAAAGAACUGGGGAAAAUGGCAGGAGCUCCUCCUAUAUAUA